AUGAUCGUCCAAGAACCUCUGCACCCUUCGUGGUCCGAACUGAGGUGUCCCGCGACCGCGCGUGGAGACGGAUGUCACUGUAGUGUCUACAAAACGGCUCGGCAAAUCCUAUUGGUGCUCAUGGUGGUGGUGCCGGCUUUCUUCGUGUUUACCGAGGGCGUUGUGCCCAAGCACAUCCUGAAUCGCUCGCCCGAGGCGCACCAAGCCGAAUGGCAGGCAAUGCAGGAUCGUUUACAGGCGAUGGAUGCCCAGGUCGCCUCAAUGAGUGCUCAGCUCCACGGAUCUGCGCAUACGGCUGCACCGUGA